ACCGGCCGCGAGCGCUCGAGCUCCCUUGCUCCUCGCUUUCCCUGUCGCUCGGCGAUCCUGGCCGUAUCGCUUACGCCGCAGUUUGCGACCGGCCGCUGCCUGAUAGUACUGCUUCUCUUUGUGGAUCGACUGAGCGGCACACGCUCGGUAUGAGAAACUCGACGGCGCAGUGAAUCCACGCUCAAGCAGCAGCGGCAGCAGCAGCGAUGAUUCGUCUGGCGCUGAUGGGCGCGCUGCUGUGUGGUGCGAGCGGCUGGAUGCACUGCGAGUCCAAGUGGGAUGACGUCAAGGGGCCGCACAUCGUCGGCGAUCAUUACCACGUGCUGCUGCUGAAGAUCAACUCCACCGAGCAAUUCAAGAGCUUCAUGCCCAAUACCAAGUAUCAAGUGAUGAUCCAGUCCAAAGACGCAGACUCGACGUUCGCGCGCUUUCACCUGACGGUGGAGAACGAGAACAAGACCCUGUCGCCAGGCACGUUCGAGCUGUACGACAACGAGAUCACCGAGUUCUCGCAGGACUGCCCAGAAGUCAUAGCGCAGACCUCGAACAUCGCCAAGAACGACGCGUCGGCCUAUUGGACGAGUCCUGCGGAGGGCAACGGAUGCGUCAUCUUCAGAGGAAUGGUGAUGGAGUCACAGGAGCGCUGGUACAUGGACGGCAGCCUCGAGCAGAAAAUCUGCCAAGAUCCGAAAGCUCUGAUCGACGAGCCGGGGCCGGAGCUGCCCGAGUGCUGCGCCUGCGAGGAAGCCAAGUACGAGAUCACGUUCGAGGGACUGUGGUCGAGGUACACCCAUCCUAAGAACUUCCCCUCGAACCCGUGGAGCGCCGGCUUUUCGGACGUGAUCGGGGCUUCGCACACGUCCGACUACCACUUCUGGAAGUACAACGACGAGGCGAGCGAGGGACUGAAGCAGGUCGCCGAGAGCGGCAUCACGCGGAUCCUCGAGUCCGAGCUGAAGAACAAGAGCGCCCACAUACGCACGAUCAUCAAGGCCAAGGGGAUCAACUUCCCGAACAUCACCAGCAAGACCUUCGCGGUGUUCAGGGUCGAUCAGCGACAUCAUCUCAUCUCGCUCGUGUCGAUGAUCGAUCCGUCUCCCGACUGGUUCGUCGGCGUGAGCGGACUGGAGCUCUGUCUGGCCAAUUGCUCCUGGGUGGAGCACAAGGAGCUCAACCUGUACCCCAUCGACGCGGGCACCGACGACGGCGUGGGAUACGAGUCGCCGGACGCGCCGACGCAGCCGCAGUCCGUGAUCCGGCGCAUUACCACCAGCUGGCCGGAGGACGAGGGCUCGCCGUUCUACGAGCCCACGGCCGUGGACAUGAACCCGCUGGCGCGGCUCUACCUCAACCGGCAGAGGAUCUACGAGAAGGACUGCGAGCGCCAGGAGCCGGGCGUGGAGAACGCCGGAGGUGAUGACGAUAGCGCUAACGAGACUGGCGGCAAUGCCGAGAAUAACGAGGGCGACGCGAAUGACGAGCAAGAGCCGGUUCAAGACAAGGCGUGCACGACGACCGCGUGGAGCGACUGGCAGCCGUGCUCGGUGACGUGCGGCCACGGGCACAAGCUGCGCCAGCGCAGCUACCUGAACGAGCCCAGAGCCUCCAAGCACGGCUGCAACGAGAAGCUCACCCAGAGGGACAGCUGUUGGCCCGUCGACCCGGACGGCGGCCGCGUCGUGGUCAAGUGUCCGCCGGACGAAGUGGUCGACCCCAACUGCAACCUGGGCCAGUGGAGCGACUGGACGCCGUGCACGCGCCGGUGCGGCCCGCAGAAGCGCACUCGCGAUCGCAAGUUCAAGCCGAAGAAAAAUCGCAAGAAGUGCCGCGCCGAUCACCCGGACAUCCACCUGCAGGAGACCGACUACUGCCCCAAGAACCCGCGCUGCGCGGGCGAAAGCACGGAGGCGGCCACGGAGGAGGGCGAGGAGGCCAACGGGGGAGCGCAGCCGGAGGAGCCGAGCGUAGACACGAGCGAGGAGCAGACGACGUGCGUGGAGGAGCGCUACACCGAGUGGUCGUUCUGGACGCCGUGCUCGGUGUCGUGCGGCAUGGGCACCAAGACGCACUCGCGCUCCAUCAAGCCCGAGUACAUGAGCUCGCCCGAGGCCGAGAAGGACCUCAGCCUGUACGCCUGCCAGUUCGAGACGACCAGCUGCGAGGCCGAGACCAAGUCGUGCGAGAUCACCAAGGAGCUGAUGAAAGUGAUAUGCUCGCAGCCCGAGCAGCUGGGCUCCUGCCUCGACGGCCACAACGACAACUCGCUGCGCUACUACUACGACAAGCGCGACGGCAAGUGCAAGCUGUUCCGCUACAGCGGCUGCAACGGCAACAUGAACAACUUCCGCACGAUGCAGGAGUGCCAGGCGACCUGCGGCAAAUUCCACGACCUCGGCGGCCCGAGGAGUUACAAGCUGAAGGUCAGCAGCAUCGCCAGCUACAACGUGCCGCUGAGCUUCGAUCGCGACGCGCUCAAGGCGAAGCGAGACAAAUGUGCGGAGGAGGAGGCGAGCAAGAAGAAGAGAAGGAAGAAGCCGCGAGGCAGUGACAAGCAAAAAGUCGACUGCAAAGUUUCCGAGUGGAGCGACUGGUCGCCUUGUUACAGUUGCAAGGGACAUCGGACUAUGAAUCGACAAGUUCUCGUGGAGCCGAAGAACGACGGCAAACCGUGUCCCGCGAAGCUGAUCAAGAAGCAAAGGUGUCAGAAGGUUCUGCCCGAGUGUGCCGAGCAAGCGAUGCAAAGCUACCAAGAUUUUCGAAGAAGCAUCAAGUUCGACGGCUUGGAAGAUCGAUCAUUCGAGUAAAGUAUCCGGCGCAUAUGAUCACAGUUGCACGCACAUUCGAACACAAUUCUUAAUGAUUAUAAAGGCCUUUUUAUUUACAACAACAACAACAAAACUGUGAGUGAGUUUGAUGGUAAACACUGUAAAAUACCUAGCAUAUCUGCAGACUAAAUAUUGCGUGUUAGAAGCCUUAAAAGAUGCAAAGAUGAAUAAUUCCGGAUCGAUAUAGUCAGAAGCCUAAUUUUGUACGCGUGUGUAUUCGGGCACAAAAUAAUGGAAUAAUAAGUUCUUUCUUUCUCCGAGUAGUAUGAAGAUUUUUUCAUUCUUUUAUUGUAGUUAGUCAUCAACGUGGCACUAUAGAUCGUCAAACGAGCAUUAUUCAAUUAUCGUUUCUAUUUACAGAUGCGCAAUGACAACCUGUGUUGUACUUAUGCAUGCAAUAUAUAGUUUCUUAUAAAAACAAUCAUUGUUAAUUACACGUUAUAUAUCAUUCACAAACGUAAUAUUCUGACAAAAUAAUAUUGCAUAUUGUCUGACAAAAUUCAUCAAGGCGCUGUUACGUAAUCAAGUAUUUCUAUGUACUGUAUAAACUUAAGAAAAUUAAUGUGACGAAAAAUUACAUAUCUUUACAAAUGAGAUGCGCAAUUUAUUACAAAUUCGUCGUGCCUAUUGGCAGAACACAUCUCAUUGGUAGACAAUAAUAAUAAUUGACCGAUGAAAACACAAUAUUCUUUUUAUAUAAAGAAAGUAUGGAUCUAUUAGAAAUAAAUAAACAA